AUGUGUCCGGAGGAAAGGAUGAAGUCACAGAACAGAGUAGAUACCCGUGGUGCUGUCAAAUAUACACCUUCAGCCGCGCAGCCACCUCCUUUCUCAGUUCUGCUUCUCAGGGCCGACGGUGCCUCGCCCCAGCCCGACGAGCAGCUUCUCUCAGCCCUUCCUGCCACCUACCGUACAGCCCGCGACGACCUGUCCGCCCCGAGUCGCGAUGUCAUGGCCUGCGUCGAAAGCGAGCUCGCCCUGGACCGACUGACCAGGAUAUUCCACUGGCUCUGGGUUGCGGGACGGCCGAUGCCGCCCCGCCCGCUCCACCACCAGCUCCUCCUUGGCCGCGAGAUCUAUAUCACAGAGCGGAUGGACAUGCAUCUCGUCUGGACGGGCGGCCGGGUGCUUCUCAAGCCUGUACCGCGUUUCCUGCUCGAGCCUCGCUUCUGGACUGAAUACCUGGCCUGCCGACAGGGCUGUGAGUGUCUGUAUGAGGCCAGCGGGGUGCGCGAGUGCAGCCGACGCCGGCUGUGGAAGUCUGCCCUUGGCUUCCUGUUCUCGUACGCCGCUCUGAUUACGCAUGAAAGCGACUUCCAUAUCGCAAAGGGGAGCCACCUGCUCCCGGCAGAGGAGGCCUUGACGUGGCGAGGAUGGAGGGUAUUGGUCGAACAGCUCGAGACGGAGCACAUCUACCGGCGCAUCAACGCGCGGUUCAUCUAUGGCGAACUUCGCCUGGGCCGUCUGAACAAGAUAUACUAUCUCUCCCAGCGGCCGUUCAUGCGAGGCUACAUGUCACACUGGCACCAGUACCGGGCCUUCUUCCAGGACAACUUCACCUGGCUGGCUUCUGCGACAGCGUACGUUGCCAUCACCCUCACGGCCAUGCAGGUUGGGCUCGCAACCAAGUCGCUGGCUGGGAGCGACACCUUCCAGUCAGCCUCGUACGGGUUCACCAUCUUUUCGAUUCUAGCUCCCUUAGCAGCCACAUGCCUGAUCAUGUUUGCCUUUUGCUUGGUUUUCGUGGACAAUUUCGUGGUGGCGGUAGCCUACAAGAAGCAGCGGUUUGAUUACAUCGGGGUCAACAGCGACACUGGCGAUCCGGUGCGUAGCAGUUGCGAAUAA